CUCCAAAUCCCUGAGGAGCCCUGGUCCUAUCCUAGUGUCUCAAAAGACCUGGCUUUCACCAUACCAGGAGACAGACCCAGUGACCAGGGAGGUACAGAAAGUCACGUGGUCUCCAGCAGAGGGCUCUGGGGGAGGCGAUGUUAGGGGUUCUUUUGGCUUCUGUCCUUUGGUAGGGCAGGAGUUAACGGGGUUGCAACAUCUUUCGGGGCUGAGUCACCUCCCACUGCUCUCCUCAGUAGAAGGUUUAUAAAGAGGACCAGAGGCUGACAGAGAAGACCUGGAGGUAAGAGUCCCCUGCCUAGCCCCCGCUCCUCCAGGCUCCCAGAAGUCUCAGGUCAGAGGGCCCAGGCAGCCUCUGGAGCUCUUGUCUGCUGGCACCAUGGACUGGCAACAGUUGUGGCUCAGCUUCCUACUUGCCCUGACAGUCUCAGGCCGGGCUCUGGGGCCAACAGAGAAGGAGGCGGUCUUGGAUUAUCUGUUGCAGUAUGGAUAUCUACAGAAACCUCUAGAAGGAGAUGACUUCAGUCUAGAAGAUAUCACAGAGGCCCUAAGAGCUUUCCAAGAAGCAUCCGACCUGCCAGUUUCGGGCCAGAUGGAUGAUGGCACAAGGGCCCGUAUGAAGCAGCCCCGCUGCGGUCUAGAGGAUCCCUUCAACCAGAAGACCCUUAAAUACCUGCUUCUGGGCCGCUGGAGAAAGAAGCACUUAACGUUCCGCAUCUUGAACCUGCCUUCCACACUCUCGCUCUCCAGAGCCCGGGCAGCCCUGCAUCAAGCCUUUACGUACUGGAGCAGCGUGGCCCCCUUGACCUUCCGGGAGGUGAAGGCUGGUCCGGCGGAUAUCCGACUCUCCUUCCAUGGCCGCCAAAGCCCAUACUGCUCCAACACCUUUGAUGGGCCUGGAAAGGUCCUGGCCCAUGCCGACAUUCCAGAACUUGGCAGUGUACACUUCGACAAAGAUGAAUUCUGGACUGAGGGGACCUACCAAGGAGUGAACCUGCGCAUCAUUGCAGCCCAUGAAGUGGGUCAUGCCUUGGGCCUUGGGCACUCCCGAUACACUCAGGCACUCAUGGCUCCUGUCUAUGCUGGCUACCAGCCCUACUUCAAGCUGCACCCAGAUGAUGUGGCAGGGAUCCAGGCUCUCUAUGGCAAGAAGAGCCCAGAGACAGAGGAUGAGAAGGAAGAGAUCGAGAUUCCCACUGUGUCACCAGUGACCACAAAACCCAGUCCCAUGCCAAACCCCUGCAGCAGUGAACUGGAUGCCAUGAUGCUGGGACCUCGCGGGAAGACCUAUGCUUUCAAGGGGGACUAUGUGUGGACUGUAACAGAUUCAGGGCCAGGCCCUUUGUUCCGCAUGUCUGCUCUUUGGGAAGGGCUCCCUGGAAACUUAGACGCUGCUGUCUACUCUCCUAGAACGGGAUGGAUCCAUUUCUUCAAGGGAAACAAGGUGUGGCGAUAUGUGGGUUUCAAGAUGUCUCCUGGAUUUCCCAUGAAAUUCAACAGGGUAGAACCCAACCUGGAUGCAGCGCUCUAUUGGCCUGUUAAUCAAAAGGUGUUCCUUUUUAAGGGCUCAGGAUACUGGCAAUGGGAUGAGCUGACCAGAACAGACUUCAGCCGCUACCCCAAACCAAUCAAGGAAUUGUUUACUGGAGUGCCGGACCAACCCUCAGCAGCGAUGAGCGGGCAAGAUGGCCAAGUGUACUUCUUCAAGGGCAAACAGUAUUGGCAGCUUAACAAGCAGCUUCGCGUGGCAAAGGGCUAUCCCAGAAACAUCACGCACUGGAUGCACUGCAAUCCUCAGACUCCAGACACGAGCUCGUUAACUGGGGAUAUUACUCCCUCAACCACAGACACAAUCUUGGAUACCACUCCUUCAACCACGGACUCCAUCUUGGACAUGAUUCCCUCAGCUACAGACUCUGCCACGCUUUCAUCUCCCGCUAACGUCACCCUGCGAGGGGCCUAAGACUAAUCAGUGUCUGCUCAUUAGGAUUGUGUGGAUGUUACAGCAUUGGCACUAGCUAUAGGCCUCAUAGCCCAAAUACUCUAAUUCUGGACACCA